AUGACGAAAGACGUAUUUGCUGUUCCAAUCUUUUUCAUCUGUUUUCGAGAAUGUGUCGAGACCAGCAUCAUUGUCUCUGUGUUGCUCUCAUUCAUCAAGCAGACCUUGGGACGAGAGCAAGAUGCUAUCACACGUAAGAGGCUGAUCAGACAGGUGUGGUGGGGUGUUGCCAUUGGGUUGUUCAUCAGUGUCUGCGUUGGAGCUGGCAUGAUUGGAGCUUUCUACGGAUAUGGCAAGGAUCACUUCGCUGGUACGGAGGACCUAUGGGAGGGCAUCUUCUCCCUGAUAGCCAGUGUCAUCAUCACCAUUAUGGGUGCUGCACUGCUUCGUGUCACCAAGUUGCAGGAGAAGUGGCGCGUCAAGCUAGCUCAGGCCCUGGAGGCAAAGCCGUUGACUCGUGGUACAUUCAAAAACAACCUCAAACUAUGGGCGGAGAAAUACGCCAUGUUUCUCCUUCCCUUCAUCACCGUCCUCCGUGAAGGUCUCGAAGCGGUGGUGUUCAUUGGAGGCGUCAGUCUCAGUUUUCCUGCAACUGCCUUCCCUCUACCUGUUUUUACCGGUCUUCUCGCGGGAGUGGCCAUUGGAUACCUACUUUAUCGAGGAGGAAACCAAGCCUCCCUCCAGAUCUUCCUGAUCAUCUCGACUUGCUUCCUCUACCUGGUUGCUGCCGGCCUCUUCUCCCGAGGCGUCUGGUAUCUGGAGAAUAAUACUUGGAACCACGUAAUUGGUGGUGAUGCUGCCGAGACAGGUGCCGGUCCGGGAUCGUAUGACAUCCGACAAAGCGUCUGGCAUGUGAACUGCUGUAGUCCUCUCGUUAACGGUGGCGGAGGAUGGGGUAUCUUCAAUGCCAUCCUUGGCUGGACGAACUCGGCAACCUAUGGCUCCGUCCUUUCAUAUAACCUCUACUGGAUUACUGUGAUCGUCUGGUUUGUGGCUAUGCGUCACAAGGAACGCCAUGGACAUUUGCCUGUGGUCGACCCUCUGCUGAACCGACUGCGAGGCCGAAAGUCUGCCGAACCUCGAAAUGGACGGCAAGACGUCGAGGUCAGCGCGAUACCAUCUGAUUUGGAGACAGAGUCAAAAGUACCGAAAAACGGAGCAUCCCUUAUAUGA